AUGAGUCCCUCGAGUUCCAGACCCCAUCGCAUGCUCUCCUUCGCUUCUGAAGCAGGGCAGAAUGGCUCGCCGACCAGGCUUCCCAUGUUGACCAAGCCGUUGACAAAACAUAAUAAUAUUGUGGCAGCGUUAGGAGAGUUUGUCGGCACAUUCUUGUUCUUGUUCUUCGCUUUUGCCGGAACCCAAGUGGCCAACACUCCCGCGCCAGCGCCAGCAAAUGGAAGGGACACUCCUUUGCCCAACACGUCCAACCUCAUGUUCAUCGCCCUGGCCUUUGGAUUGAGUUUGAUGGCCAAUGUUUGGGCAUUCUACCGAGUCGCCCUAGCACUAUUUCUUGUUGGCGGUCUUUCCCUCGUCCGCCUCCUCGUCGUCGUUAUCGCCCAAUUCCUCGGGGGUAUCGCCGCGGCAGCGGUCGUCUCGGCCCUGUUCCCUGGUCCAAUGGCCGUCGCAACCACGCUUGGUGCAGGAGCGAGCAUUUCUCAAGGCUUGUUCAUUGAGAUGUUCCUCACCGCUCAGCUUGUUUUUGUCAUUAUCAUGCUUGCAGCGGAGAAGCACAAGUCGACGUUCUUGGCUCCUAUUGGAAUCGGGAUCACCUUUUUCCUGGCCGAGCUAGUUGGUGUUUACUUCACUGGCGGCUCAUUGAACCCGGCUCGUUCUCUGGGGCCCGCAGUCGUCAAUCAUAGCUUUCCGGGCUAUUUUUGGAUCUAUUGGCUUGGACCGCUUCUUGGAUCGCUGCUUGCGUGUGGCUUCUACGUCUUACUCAAGUACUUGAGGUGGAAGGAGUGUAAUCCUGGCCAGGAUUGGGAUGAUGCAGAGAAGCGAAAAUCCGAGAAACAUCUCACUGGAAAAGAGGCUUCCAACCACAGUGAAAGCCCCAACAAUGGCACAGCUGUGGGGGAGGAUCAUAGGGCAGAUGCAGAGACAGGGGUUUAA